GCAAACAAGGCCCUGACUGGAGGACCGGUGCUGGGCUUCUACUCACGCUGCCGCCAUGAUUCCCCCCGCGGACUCUCUGCUCAAGUAUGACACCCCGGUGUUGGUGAGCCGGAACACGGAGAAACGGAGCCCCAAAGCUCGGCCACUGAAAGUCAGCCCCCAGCAGCCUGGACCCUCAGGUCCCAUCCCACAGCCACCAAAGACCAAGCUCCCCUCAACUUCCUGUGUCCCAGAUCCUACAAAGCAGGCAGAAGAAAUCUUGAAUGCCAUCCUGCCCCCAAGGGAGUGGGUGGAGGACACGCAGCUAUGGAUCCAGCAGGUGUCCAGCACCCCCAGCACCAGGAUGGACGUGGUGCACCUCCAGGAGCAGCUGGACCUGAAGCUGCAGCAGCGGCAGGCCCGAGAGACUGGCAUCUGUCCAGUGCGCCGGGAGCUGUACUCACAGUGUUUUGAUGAGCUGAUCCGCGAGGUCACCAUCAACUGUGCGGAGCGGGGGCUGCUGCUGCUGCGCGUCCGGGACGAGAUCCGCAUGACCAUCGCCGCCUACCAGACCCUGUACGAAAGCAGCGUGGCAUUCGGCAUGCGGAAGGCGCUGCAGGCCGAGCAGGGCAAGUCAGACAUGGAGAAGAAAAUUGCAGAAUUAGAAACGGAAAAGAGAGAUUUGGAGAGGCAAGUGAACGAGCAGAAAGCAAAAUGUGAGGCUGUCGAGAAGCGGGAGAGUGAGAGGAGACAGGUGGAGGAGAAGAAGCACAAUGAGGAGAUUCAGUUCCUGAAGCGGACAAAUCAGCAGCUGAAGGCCCAACUGGAAGGCAUUAUUGCACCAAAGAAGUGAUAACUUCCACAUGGGUCUCAGCAAGCACUACUGUCCCACCAUAAGCCCUUUGUAAUAAAAGAGCUAGUUUUGUGAGUGAAGAAGCUGUAGCCCUCCCCUGAUCUCCACCUACGUAUUUGUCAGAAGUCACACAACCAGUGUUGAGCGACAUCUAAGGUCUGGCAGCCAGGCUCUGGGCUGGACAGUGGAAGGCGGGUGUAGCUCAGGUAGUCUCCACACGUGGCCUACCUCGGGAUUUGCCGACUCCAACAGUAAGACAGGUAGAAUUCACCCCUUUUGGCUGUAUCCCUCUCAGGUGCUUUCUUACUGUCACUCCAUACUAUCACUUACUCCUGGCUAAACGAAGCUGCUUCUCUGCCCCACGUUUCUGGUCCACAGUCUGUCUUGUCCCUUAACCCGGGUUCCUCUGACCCUAGUCUUGCCCUUAUUUGAUGUCCUUUCAUCAUCCCUACUCCAGUGCAGUUCUAGCACCUCAUUUUGGAGUUUUCACUUUAUAGUGUAUAAUCUUAUCCCUGCUUGCCAAGUCACUGGACCCCUUCCUCCUUAGUUUCAGACUGCCUGGGUGAGGAGGCAAUGGCAGGGAGUCAAACCCGUGGCUUUUGAGAAAGUAAACAUGUGCUGUUAAGAAAUACAGGUCAUGGUGUCCACUGUGAGCUGCUUGGACCUCAGCUCCUUCCCAACCACUGCUGUGAUUUAGUUCACUUUCCUCUGCAGAUAAUCAAACCCCAACCCUACAACCCUCUGACUAGCCCAAACCUCACAAGCAGUUCUAAUUAUUAAUGACCAGGCCAUGGCCUGUAGACAACUGCAUUUUACUAUUCCUCAUAAGCUAGACUCAGAGUUUGGAGGCUCAGGACUCUUCUGGUUUCAUAGACCCAGGAGACUAAGUUAGCGACAUCAAUCUUUGAUUCAGGACAGACCAGCAAGCUGAGUUCCAUCACUCAGUAAAACUUCACAAGUAGCACAACUAAGAAAGCACUAACAUCCUCCCCCUUGAUGGGAAGGCCUCAGGUGGUCAGUGUUCCCCUGAAGAGGUGCUCGGACCUGACACCCGUCCUGACUAGUGCUUCCAGGCUCACUGGAAAAACUGCAGACCAACAAGAAGAGGUGUGUUCCACUGAGUCAAACAAGCCCCAUAGGCUCUAAUCUCAAAUCUGAAGCUACAACUUCUACCUGUAUCCAGGUGUCCUGAGGAAGUAACCCCAAGAUUCCACUAAAAUGGCCUGGGUCCUGUCAUUUUCAUGGGAAAGAACUGUGGUCACCGAGAUGUGCUAGUCGUACGACUCCUUGACAGUAAAGCACUCAUGUCCUAAUUGGGUUCCCCUAACAGACUCAGUGAGGGACAACACAAGUUGCUGUGACUUUCUCUUCAUAUUUUAAAACCUGGGCUCUGUACACGAUAUCCCUAAAAUUUUCUUCUUUUUACAGUUCUAUUCCAAAGAGCUUCUGUUCAAAACUGCUCAUUGCCAGUACACAAGAAAUACCACACUCCGCAUUUUCUAGACCUCAGCCCUGUUUCUAUCAGACAUGAUGACAGGGUUAUACUCUUGAGGAACUCAGAGGGCUAAUUCAAGUGUCAGAAGUUCCAGUGGACCCGAUCACUGAGAUUCUUGAGGGUUGGGGCUUAUCUUUAUUUUCACUAGUGCUGGUGAACAGUUUCAACUGUCAAACCUCUGUCAAGAACAGAUGCACCAUGGCCUUCGAAAUGCCAACUGCGCAUGAAGAAAAUGAACACAGUUUCUAAUCGCAUAUCUUUGUACA